AGCCAGCGCCAAGAUGGCGGAUCUGGGCAAGAAGUACUGCGUGAACUGCCUGACGGACGUUACGAACCUGCGUCUGCGCUGCACCGACUGCCCAGACAUCGAGCUGUGUCCCGAGUGUUUCUCCGCCGGGGCGGAAAUCGGUAAUCACCGGAGAUGGCACGGUUAUCAGCAAGUGGACGGCGGCCGUUUCACUCUCUGGGGUCCCGAGGCUGAGGGAGGUUGGACCAGCAGGGAAGAGCAAUCGCUGCUCGAUGCCAUCGAACAGUAUGGGUUCGGCAACUGGGAGGACAUGGCAGCCCAUGUGGGUGCCUCUCGCACACCUCAGGAGGUGAUGGAGCACUACGUGACUAUGUACAUCCAUGGUAACCUGGGGAAGGCGUGUAUCCCCGAGCUGAUCCCGAACCGUGUGACGGACCACACAUGCCCGGGCGGGGCACCUCUCUCCCCGAGCCUCACUGCACCCCCACCGCCGCUGGAGCUCACGCCGGCUGAACAGCAGCAGCUCGGCUACAUGCCGCUUCGCGACGACUAUGAGAUGGAAUACGAACAGGAGGCGGAGUUGCUUGUCAGCGGCUUGUCUGUAAACUACGACGACGAGGACGUGGAACUUGAGAUGAAGCGCGCGCACGUCGAUAUGUACGUACGAAAGCUGCGCGAGCGACAGCGCCGGAAAGAUGUCGCCCGUGACUACAACCUCGUAAAUGCCUUUCUUGGUCGCGAAAAGAAAGACAAAGGGAGCGGAGGCGCUGGUACCGCUUUGGCCCCGCCCAUUGUGGGUUCGACAUCAUCGGGUUCCGGGAAGCGCAAAAUCACGAAGGAGGAGCGUGAGCAGCGGACAAAAUUGCGUGCGCUCUGUCAGUUUAUGGCGUUCCGAGAAUUCGAGGACUUCUUUGACAACAUGCACAAGGAGCGAGUGCUACGUGCCAAAGUCCGUGAACUCCAGCGUUACCGACGCAACGGCAUCACGCGUCUCGACGAGUCAGCCGAAUACGAGGCAGCGCGGCACAAGCGCGAGAAACGGAAAGAAAACAAGAGCUCCAAGAGGGGCAGCGGAAGUGGUGGUGGAGCUGGGAUUGGAAUCGGAGGCGGAGCUAACUCAGGAAGUGGAGCCAAUGCCGGGGGCGGAGCCGGCACCAUCAAAGAGGAAGGAAAAGAUGGUGAAUUCUCAGCCAUCGAGCACUUACCGGGCUUCGAGCUACUUUCUGAUCGCGAGAAAGUGCUGUGCAACUCGCUGAACUUGAGUCCGACUCGGUAUUUGACGGUGAAAACGAUCAUAAUUAAAGAUCAUUUGCAGAAACGGCAAGGCGUCCCCGCCAAGAGCCGCUUACCAGGCUACCUGGACAAAAUGCUGAAAAGACGCAUCCUGAACUUCCUCACAGAGAGUGGCUGGAUAUCGCGAGAUGCCGCGUAACGUUCCGCGCUUCUUUUCUAGUGUUUUCUAAGAACACGGGACUGCGAAUCUCAAUCCCGGUUCUGUUCAUAGGAAUGUAAAUGUGGCAAAAGGAAAAACCUUGACUACAAUUUUGAUAAGGUUUCAAAGGAAUAAAUCUGUAUAUACAUAUGUAUAUUUUUGCUAAUAAGAUUUUUUUUGGGUGGUGGUGGUGGUGGUGGUGGUGGGUGUGUGUGUGUGUGUGUGUGUGUGUGUGUGUUAUUGUGUGUUCUAUUAAUACUGCAUCUAAAAACGUUCUCUGAAAAUAUGAGCUUUUCUGAGAAUAGCCAUAACCUCAACGAGACGUUCUCAUAAAACUGUGUUCCUCUUGAUGACGUGUUUGACGACGCGACGAGAGCGUUCUUACCUUUGGCUUUUAGUUUGGCAUUAAAGACUUUUUAGAGCCCUUUGGACUCUAGAAUCCUUCUUCAAUCCUUAGUCUGGCUCUAGAAUGAUCAGUUCUGGAAACUCGUGUUGUUGUCAACUCUUUCACGUGGUUGCAGAAUCAUUCGUAUGGCUCCAGAAUUGUUUGGGCUUCUUGAGUUCUCUCAGAGUGAGGAUGGUUCUAGAAUCUUUGUUGUAGUGUGAGAACGCCGAGAGUGAUAACAGUCUCCUUGCCAUGGCUUUACAAUCUUCAGUCGUUCCAGAAUCUUCAGAGUUACAAAAGUAGCAAGAAGAAGAAGAAGCCCAGUUCCAGUGUAUUUCCAUAAUCUGCAUUGCGGUUCUAGAAUCCUCAGAGUGAUGAUGGCGCUAGAAUCUCCACUUUGGUUUUUGAGAAAUCCGAGAGUUUUCUGAUGGUUUUCAAUCAUCAGAAGGAUAGUCUCCUGGCCAUGGUUCUAGAAUAUUUUCUGUGGUUCUUGAAUCCUCAGCAGUCUCCCCAUCAUGGUUCUACGAUCUUUGCCGUGAUUCGAGAAUGCUCAGCAAUAUGAUCGUCUCCCUGUCACGGCUUUAGAGUGUUCUCUGCGGUUCCAGAAUCAUCUGAGUGAUGGUGCUAUUUCCAGCAUAAUUUCAGAAUCUUCACAGAAUACUUAGUGAUGAUGGUUCUAGUAUCUUUGUUGUUGUUCUAGAACUUAUAAUGUAGAAAGGCUAGUUCUUUAAUGCAUAGUUCUAGAAUUUUCAGUGUGGAGUCUAGAGCCAACAGUUUCAUUUAGAUUCCUUAGAAUAAUUUUUGUUUGGAUGCACUGGAUGGGCAACGAUUUUGGACCUUGGUCCUGUUCAAAAGACUAAAUGUAGACUGUUGUCUUCUGAGGCUCCUUAUUUGUGACAGGCAACAAAGCGGCACUGAAUGUCUCGUUCUCUAGGAGGACAGGUCCAUAGUCCUGUUCACCGGACGAGAGUCAAACUGUCAAGUGUAACUUAUUUUUCUCUAUAACGAAAUAUUGCAAACCGUGAUAAAUGAUUGGCCAAUGCCUAGACUCUAACAAGGCCGGUGCUAUGGUUUACAUUCUCCCUUAGUUCACUUCUUUAACAUUGAUUCUUGAAUCCUCAGAGUGAUGAAAGUCUCUCCAGUGUGGUAAUAGUUUCUCUGAGUAUUCUAGAACCACAGCAGAUGAGUGAUCUCAGGGUGAUAGUCUUUCCCAAAUGCAGUUCUAGAAACUUCACUGUGGUUCUAGAAUCCGCAGAGUGAUUACAGUCGCCCUGGUGUCAUUCUAGAGGUUUGUUUUUUUUCCUUCACUGUUACCAAGAUUUUCACUGUGGAUUUUUUCUUUUCUUUACAACCCUUAGCCCGGUUCUACAAUCCACUACUAGGAUGGUUCUUUUGUGGGUUCUGGAAAUAACAGAACGAAUGUAGUUGGAGCAAGAGUGUUUAUUUAAAGUGGUGAAUGCUUUUUAAUUGGGUAGAGACACUAAUGAUCAUUUUUAGCUCAGCUACAGUGAAGUGAUUGGCCAACACGUCAUUUAUUGUGAUAAAUGCUUUGCAAUAUUAUUGGCGUAUUCUGUUUACAAAAUGACCGACACGUUUAAUUCUGCACACUAUUCUGUCCAAGAUCAGGACUUUCAGAAGACACCUGUCCUAACGUGGCCUAGAAAUGGCACUUAAUUAGGGAUCAUUCCUCUCGAUCGGAACAUGAGGAUGUCAUGAUAACAGUAUUCUCGUAAACGUGUCGAAUAUCACGAUACGCAUGACGGAAAUGAUCAUCAACACAUUUAGAUAUGAGAACACGUGGAGUGGUUUGUUUUGUUUUAUGUUCUACGUAGCUUUGAAGCAUUUUGUUACAGCACUGAGAUGUUCCUUGUUUCUGCUCAUCGGCGAGACACUUCUUUUUCUUUCAUGUUUCUGUCACUUUUUAAUUCUUACCUCUCUGCUUGAGAGCUUUUGUGUGGCUCUUCAGACCCGAGGCGGGUUCCCUGUCCCAUUUAAAUGUAAAUGACUCUGUGUGAAGAACGAAUCGAGGGCUGAAUACGAACGAGAGAAGAAGUGCACGAGUGUCUUUCUCUUUCUCUCUGUUUUUCUAAGCUUUCUUUUCAAUCGCCCCUUGACCUCUUUUUUUUUUUUAUUUAUUCCCCAAACAUUUUCACGUAGCGAUACACAAAGCUAAACACAAAGACUCCAAAUAAUCUAAUAUCAGCUUAUCCUUAUCUCUUUUUCUGUCACAUUUCCUCUAUUUGCUUCUUAUAAUUAUUAAAGAAUAAAUAACUAUUUUUUUUAAAGGUUCAUCCAAAGCAAGCCCAAUCAGAUUUCUUGACUUGAGCAACACUGAAUUUAGGAGUUUUUUUUUUUUUCUUCUCUUUUUUCUUUUGGUCCUGGGUUUUUUAUUCUUUAUUUUUACCUCUCCUUAAAUUAAAUAUUCAUAUUUUAGAGCUCAAUCAGUGUACCCUAUUUUAGAAAAUGUAAAUAUUUUGUUUUGUAAAAUAAUAUGUAGAAAAUGGGGCUGAAAAAUGAGAAAAACUGAUCUGUGAAGUGUAAAGUAUUUUAUUUCUGAAGCAUUUUUAUAAUUUUUGUAUUAAAAAUGGAAAGAAAAAACCCGGAAUGAAUAUUUUCUUUUUCUGUAGCACCGUUAUUCUGGCAUGCCGUUGUUAAGUUGUAAAAUCGCCCUUUGGUACAGCGUUAUUUUGUUUGUAAUAGUGUGGGUUAUGUUGGACAGGUAACAGAAGUUGUGAACUAUUUUGUAUUAAAAUGUUCAUACUAUAAGCAAAUGGUCUUUAUUUGUGUUCACAUUCAGUUAGGUUUCCACGUUAGUGUGAAUUAUACCUGGAGCUUAUGCUUUACGUAUGUAUGUAUAUACACCAAUCAGCUAUAACGUUAAAACCACCUGCCUAAUAUUGCGAAGGUCCCCUUUUCCUUGUGCCACCAAAACAGCUCUGAGCCAUCGAGGCAUGGACUCCACAAGACCUCUGAAGGUGUGGUGUGGAAUCUGGCACUAAGAUGUUAGAAGCAGGUCCUUCAAGUCCUAUAAAUUGUGAGGUGGAGCCUCCAUGGAUCGGACUUGUUUGUCCUGGACAUCCCACAGAAGCUUGAUCGGUUUUAGAUCUGGGGAAUUUGGAGUCCGAGUCAACACCUUGAACUCUUUGUCAUGUUCUUCAAACCGUUCCUCAACAAUUUUUGCAGUGUGGCACGGCACAUUAUCCUGCUGAAGGAGGCCGCUGACAUUAGUGAACACCGUUACCAUGAAGGUGUGUACUCGGUCUGCAGCAGUGUUUAGGUCGGUGGUACGUGUCAAAGUAACAUCCACAUGAACGCCAGGACCCUAGGUUUCCCAGCAGAACAUCGCCCAGAGCAUCACACUGCCU